AUGUAUAAAGUUGCAUGUGCCAAUAAAACGACAAGAAAAGCAACAAACAACUUAGUAGCAGCGAACAUCAGCAGUCAGUUUCGAAGUCUGUAUCAUAUCAUUUUAGUAUGCCCAGCUGGUCGAUACGGCAGAGACUGUAUGAAAUUGUGUGAUUGCCAAAAUGGAGGUCUCUGUAGCCCAAUCGAUGGAAAGUGCGAAUGCCGUCCAGGAUGGACUGGUGAGAGCUGUGAGAAAUCGUGUGAGAAAUGUUUUCCUUUAAGAGGAUCUUUCCAGAACUGCUUACAACAUUGUGAUUGCGCUGAUGGAAUGCAUUGUGAUCCCUUAGAUGGCGAAUGCAUAUGUCCUCCUGGAAAGCGAGGAGCUAAGUGUGACCAAAACUGCGAGAGUGGUCGGUUCGGUGCCGGAUGUCGUGGUAUGUGCACAUGCGCCAAUGAUGCCUCUUGUGAUGCUGUAUCUGGAGCGUGCACGUGCACUCCAGGAUGGAGAGGGAAAAGGUGUGACCGCCCUUGCCCGGAUGGGCGUUAUGGAAAGGAGUGCCGCUUUAUUUGUGAUUGCUCAACAACAAAUGACACCACGUUGUACAAUCCAUUUGUUGCUCGAUGUGACCAUAUCACCGGUGACUGUCGUUGUCCACCUGGUUGGACAGGACCAGACUGUGCAACACCAUGUCCCCCAGGAAGGUGGGGAUCUGGAUGUAACGGUCAGUGCGACUGUCUUAAUGGCGCAACUUGUGAUCGUCUCACAGGUUUCUGCGACUGUCCACCAGGAUAUAUGGGACGAAGCUGCGAAACAACUUGUCCGGCGGGUCUGUGGGGAGCAAACUGUAUUCACCACUGCCUUUGCAUGCAUGACGGUAGUUGCAAUCCGAAAACUGGCGAGUGCACGUGUGCUGAUGGCUGGACUGGACCUGCCUGCGAGUUUUUGUGUCCGUUCGGACAGUACGGUCUGAAUUGUGCACUGCGCUGUGAUUGCCAAAAUGGUGCAAGCUGUAAUAGAACCACAGGUCAAUGUGAGUGUCUACCAGGUUGGAGAGGUGAAAGAUGCGAGAAAUCUUGUCCAUCUGGUCACUUUGGCGCGAACUGCGAAGAAGUGUGCGAGUGCGAAAACGGAGCGCAGUGCGAUCCGAUCAGCGGGCACUGCUCCUGUCAGGCAGGAUGGAGGGGACGGAAAUGCAAUAGGCCGUGCCUGAAGGGUUAUUUCGGUCGACAUUGUGCCCAGACGUGCCGUUGUAUGAAUCAGAAGCCAUGUGACCAUAUUACUGGAAAAUGUCAGUGUCCAAAAGGCUACACUGGCUAUGGGUGUACCGAGUUAUGCCCGGAAGGAACGUUUGGCGAUGGAUGCCGCCAGAAGUGCGGAUGUGGAGAAAAUAGUGACUGCGAUCCGAUUAACGGCAAAUGCUUCUGCAAGCCAGGCUAUUUUGGCGAUGGAUGCAAGAGCGGCUGCGCUGAGGGACGGUUCGGACCAGAAUGUAGUGAGCUAUGCGAUUGUGCUAAUGGAGCAGUGUGUGACAAACGAGAUGGUACAUGCAUUUGCCCACCAGGAUUCAUUGGCACGAAAUGUGAUACGCCAUGUCCAGCCGGAAGAUAUGGAGAAAAUUGCGAGAAUGUGUGUUCAUGUGAAAAUGGUGGUACGUGUGAUCGCCUGUCAGGUCAUUGCAAAUGCUCGCCAGGAUUCACAGGAUUGACGUGCAAUCAAGUUUGCCCUGACGGCCGUUGGGGACCAGGAUGUAAAGAGAAAUGUCGGUGCGCCAAUGGAGCACAUUGUGAUCCAACUACAGGAGAAUGCAGGUGUAAUCUUGGUUAUACCGGGACAACUUGUGAACAGAGCUGUCCAUCUGGAAAGUACGGUUUGAACUGCACUCUUGAUUGCGAAUGCCAUGGAAAUGCCCGAUGUGACCCUGUUCAAGGAUGCUGCGAUUGUCCACCGGGUCGUUACGGGACUAGAUGCCAAUUUGGGUUUCUACGGUUGGUACUGCAGUCAGUCUGUGAAUCAUCUUGCAAGAACUCCACAUACGGGCCACAUUUAUGCCGACACGGACGAUAUGGUGAAAAUUGCCAAAACAAAUGUCAAUGCUACAACGGUGCAACCUGCGAUAGGAAGACCGGCAAAUGCACUUGUGCACCAGGAUAUUUGGGCCCUACAUGCCAGCAUGAAGUAAAAGAUCCAAACAGUGUAGCAAAACGAGGUGAUCUCCCGGAAGACUGGGAAUGGCGGGCUCGUCGGUAA